AUGCAGCUCCAGUUUGAUCCUACUACUCCUGCACCACCUGCUGGAGGCUUUGUGCAGACACCAUUGGCGUCCUUCCCGAUGUCACCUCUUCUUCAGACCGAGGUGUUUGCCAGUCCUGCACCUACUUCUACUCCUGCUCCGGCUCCUGCUCCACAGCCUAGUGUAUGGACAGCCGACCAGCGUGCAGAGUUCCUUAGGCAGCAGCAGGUUCUGCAUCAGCUUCGGCACCCAUCAGCUCAGUCGCUCACCUUUGAGUCACCCUCACAGCCUGAGGUGCUCCGUCCGUCUGCUAUUCGCCCCACUCAGCCAGACAUGACUCCCAUCACGUCUGCUCCUCCGACGGACUCCACGGUCAUCCUCACCGAGCCAGCUACUAAUUCUACUCCGACUACUUCUGCUGCUCUGGCGACUCCGGUCACACAGAAGUCUUCUUCUACUGACGAAGACUGGACGGACGACGACGCCGACGACUCAGCCAUGCAUUUCUCCACCGGACCCAGCAUGAAGACUCCGCCUUCUCCAGCUCAGGACUAG